AUGCAACAGCUGAUAAACAUCAACGAGCGGCCGGACCCGCGGAUGGAGCGGGGGCUCUCGUCGCCGUCGCCGGACCCGCUGCGGUCGUUCCAGACCGUGCACAAUAACUCGUGCACGCGGGACACGGCACGCACGCCGUCGACGGAGGUGAUCAGCGACUCGCUGGAGAAGGUGUCGUCGGACCUGCUGAAGCUGACGCCGGUGAACAUCGGGUGCUUCUCGUCGCCGGCGAAGGAGGCGGCGGAGGCGGCGGGGAGCGCAAUGCACCCGGCGCUGUACCGCGAGAACUUCAAUCUGAUCUCGCGACAGCUGGAGAACCUGCUCAACAAUUUGAACGUGGUCUAUCGCGAGAUCGGCUACUCUAAUACGGAGAUCUCGGCGCGCGAGAAGAUGAUCUUUAACAAACUCUCGAGCUCGAUCUCUUCGUUCUUCUACCAGGCGGACGAGGAGAAGGCCAAGCUCUCGCAGGAAAACGAGGUCUGUCAGGAGGUGCUACGGAGGCUUUUGGAGGUGAUCAACGACCCGAAGGGGGUGCGGACAAUCCCCGACCUAUACACACGGAACUCCAUCAUGGGGAUGGAGUCGCAGAGUCCGAACAAGAAGCCGAUCUCGCUCUUGAACAGGAAACGUGUGCUUACUACAGCGAAGCUGUUUGUGAUGAAAAAAUACACGCCGCAGCUACUAUGCUUUUUGGAGAGCUCGAUGAAGCUUCGGAGGCUUAUAGACUCGAUGGCGGAUUACACGCCGGAGGACGAUAAGGCCUUGAUCAAGAAGGUUCCCCCGAUAGACACGUGCAAGUUUUUCAAGAGCUACUUCAUGGAGCAUAUGGAUGAUGUGGAUCUAAACUACCAAUUCUUGCUAGAUAACCGCGAGGUGCUCCUCCAAAGCAUCAAUUUCACCGACGUGACAGAAGCCAUGGUUGGCAAUAUAAUGGACGUCGCGAAGUUAUACCAGAAGGAACUCUCAAACAGGCUGGGCAAAGCCAAGAGGACAUGCCACGGCCUAUUAAAGUUGUUACAAACAUUGGGGAUGAACAUCAUGGAUUUGGGGGACGAAAUUAAAGAUAAAAUACGCAUUUAUACCCAGAAAAGUGAGGAAACGAUCUGUGAUCUCUCUCACAGCACGUUGUCGAUGCUAGAGGAUGUGGUCGCAGAAUAUGAGGCGAUCAAAACAAAGAGGGCGUUCGAAAAAGAGACCCUAGUCAAGCGGUGUGAGUCCCUAUGGGAGAAACUAAAGAUAUCUCCUUGUUAUAUCGAUAAGUUCAAGCAGGAGAACGACUCAUUGACUGUGCAACACCUAAACAACUUUGUCAAAGAGCUGGAUCGGCUAGAGUCCAUGAAGAAGAAACUAAUAAGAAGCUUGAUUGAGGACUCAUGGGCACGGAUUAAAGAUCUAUGGAACCUCAUGCACUUCAAUGACAAUGAGAGGACCGAAUUCACGAUUUUAUAUGAAAACAUGGUAUCCACCAGUUCUUCUCUCGAGGAAAAUGAGAAGGUGCUCGACCUCUGUGAAAAGCAGAUCAGGGUCUUGGAGAAAAAGUAUGCGCUAGUGAAACCAAUGCUGGAGUUGGUGGACGAAUUUAAAGUCUUGCACAAGGAAAGGUUGCAAUUAGAGGAGAGCAGCAAGGACUCUUCCCGUCUCUUAUCCAGGAAUUCACACAAGAUACUUCUGCAGGAGGAAAAAGCCAGGAAGAGAGUCACCAGACAUUUCCCCAGUGUUAUUUAUCAAUUGAAGAUGAAACUUGUACAGUAUGUUGAAGAGUUCCGCGAGGAUUUUUUAGUUGACGGCAGACCUUUCUUGGAAAUAGUCAACGAGGAACAGGAACAGCUACACUCCAAAUAUCCUAGAAUGCGCUUUACCAGUGGAGCCAGAAAGCCUUUGCUGCGAUCGAAAUCGUUGCCGAUUAGGUACUCGAUACAGAAGAAGAGCAAGCUUGUACGCGGUGCGAACAGCUCUAUUUCCAAAUCAUUUGCAGAGAAGACUCCCUUACGAAGCACAGAGAAUGUUAACGUGAUUAGGGCGAAGCCAGACGGAAGCACACAGGCACCCAAUAAUAAAAUUGUAAACUUCCCAAGCUUGCCCAGAACGAUACAAGGGACACAGGUAGUGAGUCCGCAAAAGAAAGCGGAAAAAGCCUACUCGGCCUCAUUGCUAGACAAGAGCAGUCCAACGAAGAUCCCCGCAUUAACCCGCGCAUCCUCCCACAUUAUCCUCAGAUCACCCGAGCGCAAAGAAGACAAUGGGACCUCGUCGAAGUAUACCCAAUUGUCGGCGCUUUCAACACACAAGUUGAACAAGCGCACCCUGAUCCCUAUUCUGUCGACACAUAUCAAUACCUUUCCACUCAACCAAGAAGAUAAGGAAAACAAUUGCACUUUGGAAUCUCCAGCCAUCAUCACCAAGAAGUAUCGGCAACAGCUGCUGAGCAGCCCCAUCAAGGGAAAUGGACAGCCGAUAUAUGCUACAACAGAGGGUGAAGACACAAAGGCCUCGUCGACCAUUGAGGAUAUCAAGGUUAACACAAUGGCUGGGGACGAGUCUAGUAUGAUGGAAGAUAAGAAUUUUACCGAGUGGAAGAGGCUUCAAUUGGCUAAAUUGAACGACAGUUCCAUAAGGAGUGGUAACGAGCUUACUACGAGAAUCAACUGGGAACACGAUGUAUUCUAA